AAGAAAUGUUGGAAAAUGUCAUCAUAUAAGUAUCUGUUUAAGUAUAUUAUCAUUGGAGAUACAGGGGUCGGCAAAAGUUGUUUGUUGCUUCGAUUCACUGACAAAAGGUUUAAGCCUGAUCAUGACUUAACUAUAGGUGUCGAAUUCGGCACUCGUCUAAUCAACGUCAAGGGAGACACUAUCAAAUUACAAAUUUGGGACACCGCAGGACAAGAGAGCUUCCGAUCAAUUACACGCUCUUAUUACAGAGGCGCGGCAGGAGCGCUUCUAGUUUUUGAUAUAUCGCGUAGAUCUACAUUUGAGCAUUUAACAAGGUGGCUCGACGAGGUGAAAGACCAUGGGUCACCUACCAUGACUAUCGUACUGAUCGGCAACAAAACCGACGUUAACAAACGAGAAGUAGAAUACCACGAAGGCAAGGCCUUCGCAGAUGAGAACAACCUCAUAUAUAUGGAAACAUCAGCCAAAGGCGAUUAUAACGUAGAGGAAGCAUUCCUUACAACCGCUACUAUGAUUUAUGAUAACGUAAAUCGCGGAAUGUUUGACGUCGACUCAGGCGUAUACGGCGUCAAAAAGGGGCCUCAGGCUACAGUAAACUCAAUGAGAAGAAGUAUAAACUUGCGUCAAAAUGGAUCAGGUUUCUUUUCAGGCGCCUGUUGCCUGCGUUAGGGUUCACCAAAAUGUACAACAAAUCUCAUUAUUAUGAGCUAUAUUUAAUUUUAUUUUUU